GCCAUAACCCAAAACAGCUUCAUGCAGCACUGUUGUUCACAAGACUAACACACCAUAUGAUAGCAUUAUUUAUCAUAUUAUAUAUACAUUCAAAUUAAAUUCCCAAUAUAACAAUGAGUACCGUUAUUAAGUUUUUACAAGCUACAACAGUUGCAAUACUUAUACUAGUGCUAAGCACUACCGUCCGGUCAUGUCCGCCGUCGGAAAGGGCGGCGCUACUAGCAUUCAAGGCGGCUCUCCACGAUUCAUACCUCGGCAUCUUCAACUCAUGGACCGGCGCCGACUGCUGUCACAAAUGGUACGGCGUUAGUUGCGACAAAGAAACCCGCCGCGUCGCCGAUAUUAACCUCCGCGGCGAGUCGGAGGAUCCAAUAUUCGAACGAGCACACCGCACCGGCUACAUGACCGGUUACAUUUCACCGGCGAUCUGUAAACUCACUCGUCUCUCAAGCAUAACCGUCGCCGAUUGGAAAAAUAUAUCCGGCGAGAUUCCUCGUUGCAUCACUUCACUUCCUUUCCUCCGAAUCAUUGACCUCAUCGGAAACCGCAUCUCCAGCACUAUUCCCUCCGACAUCGGUAGACUCCACCGCCUCACAGUUCUCAACGUCGCCGAUAACGCUAUCUCCGGUAACAUCCCACCGUCGCUAACUAACCUCAGAAGUUUAAUGCACCUCGAUAUUCGUAAUAACCAGAUCUCCGGGCCCAUACCUAAAGACUUUGGCAGGCUUCCAAUGCUGAGCCGGGCCUUAUUAAGCGGUAACAAAAUAAGCGGGCCUAUUCCAGAUUCAAUUUCUCGUAUUUACCGUCUCGCAGAUCUGGAUCUAUCUCGUAACCAAGUUUCUGGGCCCAUUCCAGAAUCAUUAGGUAAAAUGGCGGUUUUAUCCACACUUAAUUUGGACAUGAAUAAACUUUCUGGGCCCAUUCCAGCGAGUCUUUUUAAUUCGGGAAUAAGUGACUUAAACUUAAGCCGUAAUGGAUUAAAUGGUAAUUUACCUGAUGUGUUCGGUGCAAGAUCUUAUUUCACGGUGUUGGAUUUGUCUUAUAACAGUCUUAAAGGGCCCAUUCCAAAGUCCAUGGGCCUUGCUUCUUAUAUUGGACAUUUGGAUUUGAGUUAUAAUCAUUUGUGCGGUAAGAUUCCUGUUGGAUCCCCGUUUGAUCAUUUGGAAGCGUCGUCUUUUGUCUACAAUGAUUGUCUCUGUGGGAAGCCUCUCAAAGUUUGUGCAAAUUAACCAAAAUCACUCUCUUCACUCGUGAAAUUAUAUAAUAGAUAUUUUGUAAUUUUUGUAAUAGGAAGAAGAGUCCUGUGUUUAUUUAUUAGUUUGUUGAUUCCACUGUAUUUGUGUUUGUAAUUUUCAUCAUCAUAUUACAAUAUAAAUUAGUCAUUGCUAAUUAAUUAUGAUACGAGGUUAAUUGUA